GUGCCUCUGAUUCAACAUCAAAGUGAUUUAGUGGUUGUAUUACACUGUUCAUGGUUUAGACUCUUAAGAGGAACAGGCUACCUAAUUGUAUGUAGAUAACAAUUGAAGAGAUGCUGUCAAACAUACAUAUUGAAGUAUAAACAUCUUGAACAUGAAAUCUUACGAUGCAGACCCCUAAAAAUUUUGCAAACUUGGCAAUUUGAGAGCUGUGUGUCAAAAAAGCAAUGCCUUUGAAUAAGUUUGCUUGAAUUCGAUACCCCAGAUUUUAAUGGUAGAUAUUGCGUGUUUUAGACUGGUGGGAGAGGAUGAGCUUAAUCAGUUGUUGUAAGUUUCAGGAAAUGGGUCCUCUUCAAACUUGCAACUUUUUAUCCAGAUCAGCUUCUGUUAACAAUGGUUGUCUUGAGAAGUUGAAGGCAUUACUUAUCCAUCCAGUCUUUGUUAAUGUCCCCCACUUCAUAACAAUGUCUUUAUAUCUUAGACAUAUACAUCUCUGUGCCUAAGAAUUUAUAAGGAAUCUCUCAGAAGGAACUGAACUUAUGUUACACCUUUAAACAACUUUGAUUGUGUACUUGAAGGUGCAGCUGCCAGGCGAUGAAUCUUGUAUCUCUUCAUUAAUGCUUGCAAUAAUGUUUUGAACUAUUAAUUCUACCACCCAAUUAAUUUUCAUAGGAAGGUUUUGGUAACAGGUCCUAUAUAUGCUGCUGCUAUUCUUGGUUAGGUCUCCAAGAUGCCCACUGGCUUUGAAUUCAGAUCAUCACUAUUGUCUAUGAAUGGAUAAGCAAGGACUUUUAGAGAAACAUUUGGUUGUUUCAAAGCCUGGCACAAAUUGCAUGAAGUGGGUAUUAUAACACAGGAAAUUAUUGUUGCUUCUCAAGGUGUUUCUGGACUUGUUUGAAUGCAUCUCAUUACCACUCAGCUUAUUCAAUCAGAUAUGAUGGCCAAAUCAGUUUUAAUGGCUAUUUUAUUUUGGGGAAGUUGUGUCAUUGGAACGUUUCAAUUCAAGUAUGUUAAUGGUGAGAGAUCAGCAGGAAAAUCUCAUCUUCCUCAGAAACAGAGUACUCAUUCCCCAUUGUAUGUACCAGUGCAUGCUCCCAGUUCACACAUUGCUUAUCAUUCUUCUUAUUUAAGUCUCAACAAAAAUCUGAACCUGGUGCCUGCUUCUCUUUCUUCCCCUUCACCUUCGCCAUAUGUUAAAUCUAGAAGGACAAACAAGCCCAGUGCAAGUCCAUAUCUUUUCCUACCAAUGGUCGAAUCAGUGCCACCUGUGGCUUCUACAAUGGCAACAGCAACGGAGCAAACAAAUUCACCCAACCAUGAAAUACAGCAUCUCAAAGUUCUAAUCAUUGCGGCUAUCAUCUCUGUACUAUUCCUUAUUGGAGUCAUCUUGCUUUUUGCAUAUUGUACUUGGGUGCAUAAGCAUAAUUCAAAGCCACUUUAUUCACCAUCUCAAGCACAGGCAUAUGAAAAACAAUUACACAUUGACGGCUCAGAUGCCAAUAAGGGGAUAUCACUUGGGCCACUGAUUAAUCGCUUGAGCUCGUUUCGAAUUACAAAGAGGAGAGAAUUUGCAUCUGCUAUUGAUUAUCUUACUUUGCAAGAGGCAACAAAUAAUUUCAGUAGUUCUAAUUACCUGGGAAAGGGUGGCUUUGGUUGUGUUUAUAAAGCCCAGUUUCAUGAUGGAUUUUGUGCUGCUGUGAAGAAGCUGAAUGACGAUAGACAACAGGCAGAGGAAGAAUUUCAGACUGAAGUUGAUCUGAUGAGCAGAGUCAGGCAUCCAAACCUGGUGUCUUUGUUGGGUUUUUGUGCACAUGGAACGAAAAGACUUCUAGUCUAUGAGCUCAUGAGAAAUGGCUCUUUGGAAGACCAGCUACAUGGUCCAUCUCGUGGAUCUACGCUCACCUGGCAGUUGCGUCUGAAGAUAGCUCUUGAUGUUGCAAGGGCUCUGGAGCAUUUGCAUGAGCACUGUGAUCCAUCUAUCAUUCACUGUGAUUUGAAAUCAUCAAAUGUCCUCCUUGAUGCAAGCUACAAUGCUAAACUUUCAGAUUUUGGUCUUGCCAUAACAGUUCGAGGAGUUGUGGAUAGAAAAUUUUUUCAGGUUUUGGGAACCUUGGGAUAUGUAGCUCCAGAGUACCUUCUAGAUGGGAAAUUAACAGAGAAAAGUGAUGUCUAUGCAUUUGGAGUAGUUCUAUUGGAACUGAUUACAGGAAGAAAGCCUGUGGACAAAUCUAUGCCAGAAGGAUGUCAAUCCCUCGUUACUUGGGCCAAGCCACAGUUAACAGAUAGGACAAAGCUUCCAACUAUUGUGGAUCCUGUUAUUAAAGAGAUGCUGAACUUGAAACAUCUUCAGCAAGUAGCAGCUAUUGCAGUUCUUUGUGUACAACCUGAGCCUGAUUACAGGCCACUGAUAGCUGAUGUUGUCCAUUCUCUUAUUCCUCUUGUACCACUAGAGCAUGGAGGGGCAUUAAGGAAUGCUGAUACACCACAACUAUAGUGCACCCUGAUUAGUGAUAUCUAAGACUGAAUUUCAGUCUCUGUGUUUUGUAUGGUGUUUGCCCAAUGAGUAGCUAUUUAAGUGCCCAUGCAAACAUUUACUUUAUCAUUCCAUAUUUUAUUGAUCUGUUUUUAUUAUUCUAAUAGAAACUAUCAAUUAAAGUUUUGCGUUGGUUGACAAUAGUCAACUGGAAUUUAAGCCAUGUACACUACUUCUUCUCGAAGAAAAAUAGGAGAUUUUAGAUAUAGAGUUAGAUGAUUUGUUAGUUGAUUAGAUUCAAGAAAGCUUCAAAGAGAAAAUUCAUUUACUGGUUGAAAUUGUACUUAUAUAAGGAUGUUACUUUUGGCUGGGUUUAAAUGGCAGUAAUUGAUCUCUCUUUUCUUAA